AACUCGGGACAAAUCAUCUCAUCUCGCUUGCAUUUACCUACCAUGGGCUGCUGUGCGUCCAAGAAACCAAAGACGGCGGCGGAGUCUCCUCCUCAUCCUCCUCAUCCGCCUCCGUCCGUUCACCAGCCACUGCCUCAGCCGCAGCCGCCACCAGCUCAGACGCAGUCUCCCACUGUAGAAAAUUGUAUCAAUCUCUUUCAAUCCAUCAAAAAGGAUGCCAACAUUGAUUAUUUGAUUGAUCUCAUCGACGAGAAGUUGCAGUCUCUUAUAAACAGGUCAAGCACUUCUUCAGAACCUGUUUCCGGUGCACUGAAGGGUAGGGAGAAUUCAGUAUGGAGUUCCCUUAUCCAGAGUGGGUCUACAUUCGUUGAAGUUUUGAAUAAGAAUAUUCAGCUGGAGAAGGGAGACGAAGUAAGGAGACAAGAUGUAGCACGAAUAUUGGAUUAUGUGGGGAGGGUGCAUUGGGUAGUAGGAGGGCUAUCCAUUAUAGCUUUUCUGUUAGAAGAGAUUCGUCAGGUCUUAGAAAACCAGAAUGAAUGCAUAGAUCUCUUGAGUCAAAUGGUUAAACUUGCUGGGCAUAUAAAACUGUUGAAUUAUGAUAAGCCAGAAGAAGAAAAGAUAUUGAGAGAGGCAAUUAUAAUGAUUGUUGAAGGAUCUAUGAUGUGCGCUUCUCAAUUGAAAUCUAGAAAUUUUUUCAGUUAUUUAAAGGCUUCUGUGGACUUCAUAACCUUGAUAGCUUUACAAUCCAAAAUAAAUCAGCUCCAUCUAAUUGGAGUAAAAUCUGAGCAGCCUGUUGUCUUCCCUCCAGGGAAGCUCAUUUAUCCAGAUUAUGCAGUUGGCAUCCAAAAGAAGAAGGAACAAGUAAUAAAGUUGCUCGACAUGGAAACAGACAAAAACUCCUCGUUUGCUCUAGUUAUUCAUGGAUUUGGGGGCAUAGGAAAGACCACUCUCGCUACUGCAGUUAUUGCAGGCUUAGAUCUCACAGAUUACAAUUACUGGGGAGUUGAAAUCCAACAAAACCGCUCCAGGAAUGAUAUAAAGUCUAUGCAAGAGCAAAUAUUGAAAGAUGUCUUCCCAGCAUAUACUUAUGACAGGAACGCAACAUUGAGAAACAGUGCAGAGGGUCGGGAUCAUCUCACCAGUGCUUUCCAAGCACAUGGAAAUAAGCCAGUAUUUCUCUUUAUUGAUAACGCUCUACGGACAGAAGAAUUAGAAGAGCUUUUCCCAAAGCGGUUAGGAAGCCUUCCAAAUGGGAGCAGAAUGGUGCUCACAACUCCAAAUUUGGCUGUGACAGGAAUGCUCAAAGAGGCCGGGCUUGCAUGUCGUGAGCAUCUUGUGGGUACACUCCCGGACCAAGAGGCAACCAAAAUUUUGCUGAGAGAUUACAGUGCUGAUGGUACCAGACAUAAGGAUAACGUGCUGAAAGCCCUUAAGAUUUGUGCUGGGAUUCCGUUAGCCUUAGAAAUUGUUGGUGCUCAUUUGCGUAAGCAUAACUACACGGGAGAAAGAUGUACGCAAAUGUUUGAAGCUUUGGAGAGAGCAAAUAAAGAGACUCUGAGCCAACGCGCAGCGACUUUCGUGUGUAAUGAGCUGGAGCCUUCUACGCAGGAAGCGUUUUUUGAUAUUUGCUGCUUCUUUUUCAACUGGAGUCGCCGCGAUGUAGAGUAUAUCGUUGGAGCAGAGGAAAUCACACAUCUGGAAAAGGCGGCUUUCUUCAAGACUUCCAACAAGGGCAAGGUGAUCGUUCAUGAUACAAUCCAUGCAGAAGGGCUGAGUAUUUCUGAAUCAAGUAGAAUUAUGGAUAUGAAAUCUUGGCUCGAAGUUGCGGAUAACGAUCAGAGGUUCGGUCAAAUUAAAGGAGUCUGGCUUAGCGGGGAGGAUUCUGAAUCUGGGUAUGAACUUGAUGAGAAGCACAUUGUCUCGAUGAGAAGAUUGUUGAGAGUUCUGGCCUUGGGGAACAAGGAAAAGGUAACACGAUCAGGCCAAAAGAUACCAAAAUUUAAAGAAUUGAGAUUUCUCUCUCUAGGCGGCGAGAUUUCUGCUUUAUGGCCUCCGAAUUUGGAGUCACUUGAGGAAUUGGCUGUGCUCCAUGGCCCUGUCUUUAAGGACGUUGUGACUUUGUAUCAGUUACCCAAGAAGCUACGGGUGAUGAAAGCCACAGCACAAUCUCACGAAUCUAGCAAUUCUCAGAAGCCCAACGUCAUCCUAGAUUCCUCUUUGGAGGAAUUGGAUUUAAAAGAAUUGAGAACUCUCCAGAGAUUGCCCGAACGGCUUGAUCAUUUAGUGGUCCUCAAAAUUUUGAUAUUAGAUGAAUGGGAUAAAAUGCAGGAGCUGUCUGAGCAGGUAUGCGAACUCCAUUCAUUAUGUAAAUUGAGCAUCCGUGGUGGCAAUUCUUUGAAGAAUCUGCCGAAAUCGUUCGGGCAAUUAAGUUGUUUAGAAGAGUUGAUCUUAGCAAGUUGCAAGCAACUGGAAGGAUUACCCUCAACUUUUGGAGACCUGAGUUCUCUGAAACAUUUGAAUCUAGCAGAAUGUGUUAGUUUAAAAGAACUUCCAUCAAGCUUUGGGAAAUUAAGCUCUCUGGACGUUUUGAAUCUAGAAAAAUGUUCGAAAUUGAAUGCAUUGCCUUCUGGCUUUGAGAAACUAAGUCAGUUAAAGAAGUUGAGCCUGCAGUCAGAUGAGCUUAAAGAACUGCCUUCUAGCUUUGGGAAGCUUACAUCUUUAGAAGAACUGAAGUGCAAUUGUGCGGAACUGAAGGAAUUACCUGUUACCUUCGGGCAUCUUAUUUCCUUAACACAUUUAGAUUUAAGUUGUUGCAUGAAAUUGAAAACCUUGCCCUCCAACAUAGGGGAACUCAGCUCGCUGAAAUAUUUCAAUUUGUUCUCUUGCUUUAGGUUAGAAGAUCUGCCUUCCAAGAUUGGGGAACUUCCACGUUUAACACAAUUAGAUUUACGACAAUGCAACAGUUUGAGAAAAUGUCCCGAAUUUUCUGGUCUGAGACGCAGACAUCAGUCCAUUUGGCUUCCGGACCACCUAAGGGAACAGCGAGUCCUUGUCUUCUAAUUAGAGGUCUCAAAUGAUCGAGUCUUUCAAGCACUGAUAUUGUCUUUAUCUCUGUCUGUAUGGCAGAUAUAUGUGCGUAUUAAUGAUGCUUGUUUGUGCUAUUAUGAUAAGCUUUGUAAUGGUUGUUUAUUUAAUGGAGCAAUCUUGAACAUUAUCGUAAAAUAUAUUUUC